AUGGGGCGCACCAUUGACCAGGAUGUGCAUGCGGCAUUCGUCGAGUUCAAGGCCAAAGAGGACGACAAGUGCAUGUCUGUUCAAUGCAUCUAUUGCCAACAGAUCCGUGCAAAGAACACCUCGCGCCAGAAGCAACACCUUCUCGAGUGCCCUGGCCUGCAGAACCAUCCAAAUGCCCCUCGCCCACAAUCUUCUCCUGGCGAUGCCAUCGGCGCUCCCAAUGGAUUCGGCACUCCAUCCAUCUCUCACAGUUCGACUACCCCCAUGAACAAUGGCCUCGCUGCCAAUAGCACUCCGAUACAAGCAAUGUCAAAUGGUACCGCACUCCCACCGCCGGCCGCCGCUACCACCCCAAUACAACGCCAAACUCCCAAGCCCCAAAAGACCCCCAAGACCACUCCUGGGUCCAGUCUGCCCGCGCCGCCUCUCGAUGAUGUUCACGCUGCCUUUGUCGAGUUCAGAGCCAAAGAGGAGGACAAAUGCCUGUCUGUGCAAUGCAUCUAUUGCAACCAGAUUAGAGCUAAGAACACGUCGAGACAGCGCCAGCACCUCCUCGAGUGCACAACAUACCAAAAUGUCAUGAAGGAAUCAAUACCCGCAAACAACCUUCUUCAUAGAUUUGAUGAAGGUGAUGUUGCCCGCUCCCUUCAGUUACCGCCCCCGACCCUUGAACUUGACUUUCGCAUGAGCAUCAAGGUCAAUCCCAAGAUUGGUGUUGGAUCAGGUUUGUUUGGUCAUCGCGACUGGGUCAGCAUCGUCGGGGGACAAUGGGCUGGACGAUGGGGCAAAGGUAUUGUCAUUCCUGGCGGACAAGACAAUCAGCUGGUGGUCAAGGACCUUUCAACCCGAAGCGACGCCAGCUAUCUGCUCCAAACCAACGAUGACCCUCCAGCUUACAUCACCGCAAAAUCCAGAGGCUGGCGCACAGGUACUAAAGAGCUCCUCGAACGGCUCAACGACCCUGCAGUGGCAGACACCAUCCCUGCCAGCCAAUACAAGUUCCGCAUCACUGUCGAGCUCGAGACUGGCGAUGAGAGGUACGCAUUUCUAAAUACCUGUCUUUGGGUGGGAAGUGGAAGUCGGAGAGUUGGCGAAAUCAUUUAUGACGCGUAUCGGGUCGGCUAG